UCAGUUGCAGCAGUCUUCUUGCUCCAGCAAGUCUAACAAUGGCUCUCUGUGCUCUGACCUACGUGGAGACCUCUUCUGCAUCUCCUCUGUCAUCCUGACCAGUCAAAGUCAAUAGCAGCAGGGAUAUCACUAUAUUGGUUAGGCUGUAAAAAAGCAACUCACUCAUGAGCCUCAAAACCACUGGCCCAUCCUAACACUCUGAUAUCCAGAAGAUUUUUGGAACAAUGGGGUUUAAAUGGCCAGGUUUUGCUUGGAGAAUGAAACAGAAACAACAUGUUUUACCUUGAGCUUUAAACAAAAAUUCUUAGAACACGAGUGUUUUGAGCGUGGAAAAAUGUUGAGCUUAGAAUAUUUUGCACAUUCUUAAUCUUGGACUACAGCUUUUCAAUGAGGAGGCUGCCUUAGUAAUAGUGGUUGAGUUCAUAAAAUCACUGCUUAGAACAGAUGCAGACCUAUGAAUCCCAAUGAGCAUUGGGCAGUCUUCAAACAAAUAUACAUUUUACUACUUUAUUCUAAUAAUGCCAGAUAUGAGCCAUCAAGAGCAAUUCUGAUCAUGGCAACAUAGAAAUAUGUUGAUAGAUAGACAGAUAGACAGAUAGAUAGAUAGAUAGAUAGAUAGAUAGAUAGAUAGAUAGAUAGAUAGACAGACAGACAGACAGACAGACAGACAGAUGCUACUCAAAUCAGAUGGUACUAUGAAGAUCUUCCAGGUUACUAAUUGUGUUUAUUGCAAGACUAAAUUAAAGCCUUUGGGAUGUCUAAUUGCUGAUAUUGCCAUGCAGGAAAGACAAUCUGAAGCUGCAAAGAGAGUAUUACAGUGGGAAUUUGGAACAUAAGAAAAUAAUGUUUAGGAUCAUACAGCACAGAUUAUAGACCUCUAUAGGAAAUGCCAGAUGAUCAUGCUGGGUUUAGAAAAGGUCAAGGAAAAAAGACAUUAUUCUGCUAUAAACUGGAUAAUUGAGAAAGCCAAAGAAUACCAACAGAAUAUGUGCUUCAAUAAUUCUAAGACUCUCAAUUAUAUCAAGCUGCAGAACGUGCUCAGAAUGGGAAUUUCAAAACACUGUAUUGUCCUCAUGCAUGUGCAUUGGUUUUGCAAAGUCCCACUGAACAUAGUGAAAAAAGCCUGACUCCUGGUUAGCAAAGGCUGCAUGUGUACUCUCUCCUUAUUUAUUCAGACCAUAUGCUGAAUAUAUAUUGAGGGAAGCAGACUGGAAAAAGAUGAGUCAGGUUUUGGAACUGGAAGAAGAAUCAACAUGUGCUGUGCUGAUGACAUUACUCUGAGGGCUGAAAAUGCAAAUAAUCUGCAAACUCUGGUGAUAAAAGACAAGGAGCAAGGUGAAAAAAAUUAAAUAUAAUUAAGAUUAAAUUAAUUGCAAUAAGUACAGCAAUCAGUCUUAGAAUUGAGAAUACAGAUAUUCAAACAGAAGAUAGAUUUUGCCUUUUAACUAUCUACUAUUGAGACUAAAGGAAGAAAAGGGCCACAGACUAGGACUUGGUACAGUAGUGAUGAAGGACUUACAGGCCCUUGGAUGCCAAAUUCAGGCUACAAAAAUCAGAAUCAUGAACUCAAUGUUUUUUCUUGUGACAGUCAAUGGAAGGAAAAAACUGAACUUUGAAGAAAGAGGAUAGGAAAAGUAUUAAAGGUAUUAAAUUUCAGUUUUGUAAAAGACUCCUGAAAAUACCAUGGCUGGCCAAGAAAACAAAAAAUAGAUCAUUGAACAAAUCAACCCAUAGUUCUCAUUUGAUGCACAACCAAAUGACCAGGCUUAAAUUAUAAUCUUUUGGACACAAUAUGUGAAGACCUGGCUCUUUAGAGAAGUCGACAAUGUUGAGAAAAGUAGGAAAGAAAAAAGAAGAUACAUAACAACAAGGCAUAUAGAUAAGUGGUUAUGGGUGCACCAUUGGAAGAUCAGAAGGACCAGUUGCUGACAAGAUUGUCAAGGAGAAAUCUGUCUAUGUUGUCAUUAAAGUCAACACCACCUUGACAGCAUAUAGCCAAUUUUGAGGGCUUUGAGCGAAGAUUGUUUUAAGAGGCAAUGGGAUGAACUAAUCCCUAGGAGGGUCAAGUUCAGAUGUACCAUCUGUCAUGGUACUUUCUGCCAAGAUAUUUUACACACACACACACACACUGACACACAAAAACAUCAAAUUUAGAAGCCACCCAAUUCACUGACAGGCAAUUCUAGGUGGCAUAAAAGUUAAACAUGAAAACCGUAUACUAUACAUAAAUGUAUAUAACCUGUAUAUAAAACUUCCCUAUAAGAUUAUGGAAGUGGCCUGCCAUUCCCGCCUUCCUAGGGUUGAGAGAGAUUGACUGGCCUAAGAUCUUCCAGCUGGCUCAUGCCUAAGGAGGGCCUAGAACUAAAAAUCUUUCAGAUUGUAUCCUGGUGCCUUAAACACUAGGGCUGGGCUAAACUGAUUCUCUUAAUUCUCUCUGCGAGCCUCAAAGUUUGCCAGGACAGAUUUGCUGUUUCAUUUCCAAUUCUUUAACACCAGCAAGACCGAUCAGCAGCCAAUGAGCAAAUUAAGUUUGGAAAAGCGGCGAUAUGAGAGCAGAGCUCAGGACUGGACCUAUGCGACCCCUAACCACCACCACCAUUCCCGGUCCUUCAGCUCCUGCUUUCACUCUUCAUUUUAUUCUCUCCUUUAAUCUAACUUUAGUGGCUACUGUUACUCCAAAAGCCAAGACGGGUCACUUCGAGUCGCCUAACUCUGGACUUUGCGGCUCAGACUGCCGGCCCCCCCCCCCUCCCGUCUCUGCCUCGCCAGUUAUUUGCGCCUUCCCAAAAUGACAAGCCUCCCCACGGGAGGCGAGCAAAGCCAAAGGCCAAGAAAGGACGGCCAAGUCCCGGAAGUCUCCUCGACGGAUCCCGACGACCGAGGCGGGAGAAAAAAGUAAGCGCCACAGCCGGUGGGGGGGGGGGGGUAUGGCGGCGGUUGCAUGAGGGCAAGGGCUUGCGUGAGCUCCGCCCGACGGCCUCUCCCCGUGCCCGCCCAUGCUGCUUCCGCCUGGGCUGCGGAGCGCCAUGCGGCCGACAGUUGAGGCCGUCCUCUUCCUUUUCCUCCUCCUCCUCCUCCUCUCCCUGGGCGGCCGUCGGAGCCCGCGGUGAUGAGAAGAAGCGGCAGCGCUUGAGUGCAGCGGCGACCGGCGUGGGGAGCUGAGCCGAAUUGCGCGCCCUGUCCCGAGAGCUCCGGCGGAGGAGAGAAGAUGCUGCUGUCGUUGGUGCUGCACACUUACUCCAUGCGCUACGUGCUGCCCGCCGCCGUGAUGAUGGGCACCGCGCCGACCUACAUCCUGGCCUGGGGGGCCUGGCGGUUGCUCUCGACCCUGCUGCCCGCCCGCUUCUACCACCAGGUGGACGACCGGCUCUACACCAUCUACCAGAGCAUGGUGCUCUUCUUCUUCGAGAACUACACCGGCGUGCAGAUAAUUCUGUAUGGUGAUUUGCCCAAAAGUAAAGAGAAUGUGGUAUAUAUAUCAAAUCAUCAAAGCACAGUUGAUUGGAUUAUAGCAAAUAUGUUGGCCAUCAGGCAAAAUGCUCUUGGACAUAUUCGAUAUGUUUUGAAAGACGGAUUAAAAUGGCUUCCUUUGUACGGGUGGUAUUUUUCUCAGCAUGGUGGAGUGUAUGUGAAACGAAGUGCCAGAUUUAAUGAAAAGAAAAUGAGGAACAAGUUGCAUAUCCAGAUGAAAGCAAAAACUCCAAUGUACCUUGUGAUUUUUCCAGAAGGAACACGUUACAAUCCAGAGCUGCCCAAAGUCAUUGCAGAUAGUCAGUCAUAUGCUGAUAAGGAAGACUUUCUUUGUAAGGAGUGCCCAAGAAUUCAUAUCCAUAUUGAACGAAUUGAGUUAAAAGACAUUCCAGAAGAACAAAUGUUUAUGAGAAGAUGGCUUCACGAACGUUUUGAAGUCAAGGACAAAUUGCUAAUAGAAUUUUAUGAUGCAAAAGAUUCUCAAAGAAGAAAUAGGUUCCCAGGGAAAAGUGUUCACUCCAAACUAAGUCUCCAGAAAACAUUGCCAUCCUUAUUGUUUUUAAGUGGCUUGACCGCCAGCAUGCUACUGACAGAGUCUGGAAGGAAACUUUACAUGAAAACAUGGAUAUAUGGGAGCUUAUUAGGCUGUCUCUGGGUCAGUAUUAAGGCGUAAAAACUCUGCACUUUCAUUCAGUGGGCUUUUCUCUCUUGCUUUGCACAUCACUUAAAUUCUUUCCUAAAUUUAUAUUAAAAUUUUAAAUAAAGUCUUAUCCAUUGAAUAUUGUAUCAACACGCUCUGUUAAUCUAAUUCUGUUGUCGUGGUUAUGACAAAAAGGUAAAUUAUAUUUCUGAUUUUGGGAGAAGAACAAAGGAGAUAACAAAGGCUUAGCAUAUUUUGCUUCCAUUUUUCUACAUCUACCUACAUAUAACAUACACUCUGUAUGUUUAUACUGGUUCAAAUGGACCAGUGAACGGAUUUUCUAGCAUUAUUUUAGAUGAAAGUAUUUAUUUCUGACAAGGUUUUCUGCUUUUUAGUUUAUUACAAAAGCUCUUACAUCAUAAACUAAAAACCAAGCUGAUUUCUAUUGGUACCUUCUUCUCUAUUUGAAUCUAGAUACAUUUUUUCAGUUUUGAAAAGAAGUUGCUCAAGCACAGCCUGUAAAAAAAAGCAGGUGAAAAACUCUUUAUGGAAAGAUGAGUUUAAUAAGUGAAGGAAGCUUUGAUUCUGUUAUGUGGCUAGUUAACUUCAGUUUUAUAAUCUUUUUUUAAUCCACAAAGUGUAGUUUUUAUUUAAACACCUUGUAUUUGUACAUGAAUAAUUAUAUAUUCAAAAUAGAUAAUGCAUGACCUGAGGCUCAUUCAGUUAUAAAUUACCUUUGCCAAAUUUCUAGAACACUUAAGCUAAACUGCCAGUUAAGAAACACCAGAAAAGUUCAUGGAUAUCCCAAGUUCCUGUUUAGCUAGGCUGCUUCAUGUACAAUGAUUUGCCUAUAAAGGUCUCUUCAGGUUAAGGAGAAAAAUAUAUAAUCCAGCUUGUGAAUAUACCAGCUGUGAAACAACAAUUAGAGAUGGAAAAUGUUAUUUGUGAAAUGAGAAUGAACUGAAGUAAGCAAUGCUGCUGUGCAAUCAAAAGUACAUUUUAUGGAAAUGAGGAAUAUUUGUAUGUUCUUGCCAAAAUACAAAAUAUGUGCCUUUGUUUGACAUGAUUCUGAAUUGCAGUCUAAUUAUUAUGAUUUAGACUUAUUUUUGGAUAAUUUGAAUGUUUUUACACUAGAUGUGUGCUUCUGAUGAACAGGAGAUUGAGAUUGGGUUUUUGAGCUCUGAUUUGAAAUAUAGAAAAUAUUCUGUUAAUAUUUUACCUGCAUGAGCAUAUUUUUGUCACUGUUUGGAGACAUACCAGUAUACAAUUUCAUAAAAUUUAGCAUCUGUCUAUUCUGUAUCUAAUAGGAAAAGGGAUGCUAUUUUAUACUUGUUGUUUUAUACAACAAAAGACAACUGUCAUGAUUCCAAUAUUAAAAUAAAAAACAUGAAAAGCUUUUUAAAAUCUUUCUGAACUUCUCAUAUCCAGUUUUUGCUCAAAGUGUUUGAUACAAAAGGAUCUAAAAUGAUCAGGUUUGUUUUUUUAAUAAUAUUAAAUAUAUUUUACUCCUGUACGUAAAGAAAAAUUAAUUGUUCUUUAUAUUUGUCCUAAAAUUAUAUAAUGUAUUUAUUAUUCUAUAGAUGAUAAUUUUCAUCUGCUUCACUGUUUGACUUUUUGUUCUCAGGUUAGUGGAAAAAUCUAGUAACAAAUUUUAUAGAAGGAAAGUUUAGAAUAUUUAGAGUGAUGUUUUGUGCCAUGUCAAAACAAGCAUAUUUCAGAUGGCUACAAACUUCUCUUGACUGUGUUUAGCUCUUAACAUAAAGAUCCAGAAACCUAAAACCAAUAUUCCUGUCUUCAUCUGUUUUGGUUUAAUAAGGCAGUUAGUUGCAAAUUUAAAAUUAUAAAUUUCAGGUCAAAAAUUCUCAGGAGCCAGUUCACUUGAGCCUCUUGCAAUGAUCUGCCCACAGUUUCUACAGUUCCUUUGAUUAAAACAAAGGCAUAUUUAAAAAGUCAGUUAUAUAUGGAGCGAAAGUAGUCUUGUGUUCUGGUUGUUUAAUUUUAUUAUUUCAGUUUCUUAUAUUCCUCUUGCUACUUCAGUAGCUAGUUUUUAUUUCAGUUGAAGAAAAUGGCUGCAUGAUCCCAGAGAUUUAGGAAACAAUUAUGUGGUGUGGUGCAAUUCAGAUGGCAACAUUUGUUGCAAAGGAGUACCAAAGUCGCUAUUGGUUGUUUUAUUUUGUUUUAGGUUGGAAUCCUCUUAAGAAAUUUGCCAGGUUCUCUUGUCAGUUUUAAGGGAGCAAUCUCUUAUGAAAAUGUCACAUUAUGGAAAAAGUGAGGUGUUUGUGGCAGGAUUAAAUUAAAACAUACAUUUCCAUGGAACCAUCUUUCAAAAGAUCACUUUUUUGUUUCUGAACAUAUAUAAUUACAAAUAUGAUUUGUGAAACUGGAAUAUUCAUAAAUAACUGCUAUUCUAUGUCCAUAUUCUGUAACACCCAUCCCAACAUCUGCCCACUGACACGCCAUAAUGUCCGUCUGUUACCACUCUCUAGCCCUCGCCUAUGGCAUCCACACACCUGAUUACAUUCCAUAAUGCCCAACCGUAGCACCCAUUUACCCAUAUUAUGUAGUGCCCACUCAUGGCACUAAGCCGCACAUCUGCCUGCCAAUUGAUAGCUCUCAUUUACUAGCCUGCUUGUGCCUUUUUCCAUAUCGUGGUCACAUCACAUCCUCUCACUUAACAACCUUAGAGUUCUCACUUAAUAUUAGCAACAGGGACUGCUGGAAUUGCUGUUGCUAAGAAAUGUGGGCACAUGACAUAGCACUUUAUAAUUGCAUUACUUAGUGAUGAAAAUUCCAGUCCCAAUUGCUGUCAUAACUUGAGAACUACCUGUAUAGAACAAAACGAUUUAAAAGUAGAAAAGGAAGACCAGAUAUGAAAAUAUAAGCAAAAAGAAUAGAAUAUUACGGUACAUCAUUGUUACCAAUAUAAACUGUCUAUAAGCUACGAAGCAGGCUGUCAUUAGUCUUUAGUACUUAACACUGUGACAUAAAACUAAGAUUCUAAGGAACGUGGGCAAAAAGUGAGAUCUCUCUAUCUAGAUAUGCACUUAUUCAGAGUUAUUCAAGGGUUAACCACAGUUCUACAUUAAGGAAUGUGAGAUUUAGAAAACUUUGAUUUUAUCCUCCUGUCAGCAUAACCAAAUCUGGCAAACUCCAGGAAGGUAGAAUCCAUUUGAUCAGAAAGAAGAGUCUAAAUAUAAAAGGUAUCAGAAUGAGUUGGAUACUUUAUGCCUAAGGAUUCUAAUAUUCUUAUAAAAACAUUAAUAUAAUAUAGUAAAAUGUAUCUGCCUUCCAGAGUAGCUGAUUAGCACAUUUAAUCGAGCCAGUGUUGAAGUUUUCCACAAUUUGGAUACUGCGAUAUAAUUUAAAUGUCUUGUUGGUCUGAGAAUAUAAGGUUGCCUGCACAGGAAAACAUUGUGGGCAGGACAGACUGGUCUUGUCAUUUUCAUGUCCAGAAUGUAUGUUGUGUCAGAAUUCCCCUGGCUUGUUCAUAUUCCAAGGGCAAGAGUCUCUUGAAAAAAGCCAUAAAAGUUCCAUUUAUCUAGGAAGCAUCCUUUUCAUCUAGCAUUACAAUUAUCUGCUAGUGAUAGGGAGCUCAGUCCUAAGGAGAAAAAUAAAAUUCAGCCAAUACAUGAAAAUUAGCCAGAUCUUCAGCUCCAUCUUAAUUGAACCCAUGGAGGGUUUUUCUUAAUAAUUUAGAUUGCAUAAUUUCUUGCAUGAUACUUUUUAUACUUAAGUAAUUGUCACAAGGACCAAACUGCAUGCCAUGCAAGAACUGGACACAUGCUUGAGCAAUAAAUACCUUUUGGGGUGUGUGGAAUAAAUAAGGCUUCUCUUAUUCAAACUUAUGUCUAGAAGUCUUGACAAAAUGCUCCUACUGACUGCCCAUGCAAUGGAUUAUCAGUGCUACCCAACAAUGCAAUCUCUCAAUAGCUAGGACCUUCUAUUUUACAUGCAUCCAGAUUAGCCACACUCCAAAAUAAAAUCUGUGAUUGACAGACAUAUUGGGUACAAUCAAACAUUUGUUGGUUUAAAUGUUGACACAUAGCACAGAGAGAUGUGCUGCAUUGGAGGAUCAGAAUAGGUAGCCAUCUCCACACUGCUAUGGCUUUUGUGCCUAUGAUUGUGCAGACAUGCAUCGAGUGAACUUUAUAAAUUACAGGUAGUUCUCAGCCACCAUAUCAAUAAUAUUGAUAGUCUUUCUGUUAUAUCAAUAGCCAAAUAAGAAACAAAGCAAAAAGAUAGUGGUGAUAUGUUUGCAAAUCUGGGGUCAUACUGUCUUUCCAAUAUCAAAAGUUGGAUUUUGGGUUAUCCCAUGCCCAAUAAAACUAUAACUCAUAAUAAGUUCCAAAUUGGCAAAAUGUAUUCACAAAUAGACCAUUAUCCAUAAAUCGUACUGGUCAUGUUACUACCAUGUUAACAAAGCAGAGACCAGAGUGAGAAUAUUGAUACAAUAUUUUGGAAAUACGCCUUAAAAUGUUCCCAAUAACUAAUAAAACUACACUAGGUUCUUCACAUUUAUGAGCCUUGACAACCAUUGUUUAUUAUAAUAAACCAAAAAUCCUGGUUUACAAUUUUGUGAUAAUAUGGUCAUGUUCUAUAUCUAUCCCAAUUUUUUAAAAAGCAAAUGCUGAAUGUGUAGUAACUUUUCAUUAAAAUAAAAAAUGGUAAUAUAAUAAGUUCUGGUCAGUUUCUGCAUAUAAAUUAGGAUGGGCUUUUAUACAAAACUAUGCAAUAUUUUAUGCUUUUGAGUGACAUCUAAAUGGUAUGAAAUAUUUUUUUCUAUCAGCAUUGUUAACAUCUUGUUUUGAAACUGCUGUUUCACUUGAACUGAUAUUUGUAUACUUAUUUCUAUUUACUUGCAUGAUACUUUUUAUACUUUAGGUGCAUUGUGGUUUUUCUAUUUUUUUAAAACAGUACAUGUUCAUAUAUAAGGGAAAAAAUGGAAAUAUGACUGUAUUGUUGUUUGCUGUCUUAGUGUGGAAUAAGAUAGUAUUGUUUAAAUAAACAAGUAAACCAA